GGAUCCGUACGAUCGAGGGACCGAUUGAUCAGAGAGUGGCCGUGGUCGACGAGAUGGGGGCGCCAGCAGGAGUCUCUCGUCGGAUUCGAGAUCAAAGUCAUGAGAAGGAUGCCCCAGAUGGUCGUCAAAGGGAUCUGUGUCAAAGUCUGUCCGCGAGCUUGUCGGUGUGGGUACGGGACCUUCUUGGAUGACCGCUCGUAUAGAGAAUGCCCUCUACUGCCCAAGAGACUUUCCGCCGGUCGCCAAUCGCUCGCACUGUCUGGUGCUACCCAAUCCUCCUCCGGAAUCGAUGCAAACCGCCUCGAGUCCUCGUCUUCGAGCAUGUCUCGACGGAUUUUUGAAGGGCUGUACUUGAGGGCACCUGACUUGGCCGGGCUUCUGGGACCAUACAGCAUGACUCCAUCCCGGCCACGCAGCGACUCUCGUCUACCAGGAUCUGCAAGAACCACAUACUUUUCCCCUCUUGUCCGUGCGAGACUGCCAAAUUUGUUGGCAAACACCACACUCGAGUUGAGGGCUUUUCGACGCCAGGAGGCCUGAACCGAAGCGCUGUCGCUGGCGGUUCCGCUUCUUGCGUGCCAGGAGGAGAGCGAUUGCCCCUGCUAUCAAAAGGACGCCCGCCGCAGAUAGACCAAUUGCGACUUGUUGCGAC